AUUUUGCUUGGGAUUGAUGUCAGGCUGACUGGCCUGGACCACAUGAGGCCCUCUUCCAGUCCUCUGGAACCUCCCUCGUUUCCCAUGAUUUCAAGAAAAUAAUGGAUAGAGGUUCUGAGAGGUCUUCAGCUACUUCCUUCAGUCCUCUCAGAUGCAGUUCAUCCAGGCCUGGAGAGGAAAAUGAGAAAAUGUUUGGAAACAACUGAGCCUGAAGAAGGAAAGGAGAAGAAGGGAAACAAAAGAAUAAAUAAAUGGCAACAUAGAAGAAAUUGAAAAGCUGGGAAGAAGGAAUCCUGUGCUUCUCUGAGCUCCGCGGUUUCUGGGCGCCUGAACCCAUUAAUAAACAGAAGAAAAAGAACAGGAACAACCAAGUCUUUAAAGAAAUAGCAGGAGUAAGUCUAGCUGAAAGACAUGCUAUAGACUCCAUGUAGCAUGGGGUGGAUCCUGUAGGAAAAAAAUCAAAGAGCCCAUAUGGGAGAAAUACACGUUUUGUGGGAAGAGCUAUAGUUGGAAUGGAAGUCUUGAGUCAGAUGAAAUGGGGAGUGAAACCAUACCAAUGCCUGGAAUGUGGAAAGAGCUUCAGUCGGAUGGGAAAUCUACAUCGACAUCAUAGCAUCCACACAGGGCAGAAACCAUAUAUGUGUAUGGAAUGUGGAAACAGCUUCAAUAACAGCAGGUCAUAUACUACACAUCUAAGAACUCACACAGGUGAGAAACCGUAUAAAUGCAUGGAAUGUGGAAAGUGCUUCAGCGUCAGUAGUCAUCUUAGAUCCCAUCUAAGAACUCACACUGGAGAGAAGCCAUAUAAGUGCAAGGAAUGUGGAAAGUGCUUCAGCGUCAGCAGUAGUCUUAGGUCACAUCAAAGAACUCACACUGGGGAGCAGCCAUAUAAGUGCAUGGAAUGUGGAAAGUGCUUCAGCGUCAGCAGCAGCCUUAGUUUACAUCAAAGAACACAUACUGGGGAGCAGCCCUAUAAAUGCAUGGAAUGUGAGAGAAGCUUCAUCAACAGUGGUGCCCUAAACCGUCAUAGAAGAACUCACACUGGAAAGAAACCAUAUAAAUGCAUUGAAUGUGGAAAGUGCUUCAAUCGAAGCAGUAGCCUCAGUUCACAUCGAAGAACUCACACUGGGGAGAAGCCGUAUGAAUGCAUGGAAUGUGGAAAGCGCUUCAGUUUCAGCAGUAACCUUAGUUCACAUCAAAGAAUUCACACUGGGGAGAAACCAUAUAAAUGCAUGGAAUGUGGGAAGAAUUUCACUCACAGCAGUCAUCUGAGUUCACAUCUAAGAACUCACACUGGGGAGAAACCAUAUAAAUGCAUGGAAUGUGGGAGGAGUUUUAGUGGCAGUCGCCCCCUAAAAUGCCAUGAAAAAAUUCACUCCCCAAAUUAGGACCUACCGUAUUUUUUGCUCCAUAAGAUGCACCGGACAUUAAGACGGACUUAAUUUUUAGAGGAGGA